UCCUAGAAACCGCCUCCUUCAGCUCUACCGCUGCUGGAUCUGUUUGUGAAUUUCAAACACUCACCGCCUCCAUGUUGGAAAGAGCACAUAGAAACAAUUAUUAUUUUUUCAUAUUAGAUACACCAAAAAAGCAGCAUUAAACUGUCCUACACCAUUAGCAAAAUAAUAAUUGAGAGUCUGUGGAUAACAGAGGCGAGGACUGCUUCUUUUUUUUUAAAACUCCUGGUCAAAACAAUCCUCCGUGUGCCGAUGCAGCAGCGAGUCUUUGGCUCUCCGUAGGCAAAGGGUUUAUUUUAUUUUUCUUUAUUUAUUUUAUUUUUUUUGUCGUUUGUGUGCGUUUAUGCAUUCUUCAUGCUGAACAAAAGGGGGUGCUUGCGCUGAGGUGGUGUUUGGUUUUCGACCACUACUAGCAAGCUAGCUGGACUUGUAGAAAUAGCUAGCUAGCUAGUUAGCUAGCUAUUGAUAAUAAAAACAAGUGAAUUAAAAAGGAAUAACAUCCGUUUCCAUGGACCACACGUCCAUAAUAACCCAGGUUUCUAACCCAAAGGAGGAGGAGAUCAUUUCUUCCAGUCAAGAAAAAGUUUCCCAGUCGAACAGCAGCUUAAAGAAGCAGCGGAACAGAAGUUUCUUCAGCGCCUUCUUCUGCUGUUUCCGUGACUACAAUGUGGAACCACCCUCCACUAACAACAACACCAGCUCCCUACCGCCACCUGUGGAGGAGAAUGGGACUGUUCCUAAGUGUGACCAGGUCCAGGUUAUCCCCAUCCCUAGUCCUCCUGCCAAAUACCUCCUGUCUGAGAUGAACAUCUCUGACUACGGCAAGAAGUGCGUGGUGAUCGACUUGGACGAGACGCUGGUGCACAGCUCGUUCAAGCCAAUCAGCAACGCGGACUUCAUCGUGCCGGUGGAGAUCGACGGAACCGUUCAUCAGGUGUACGUUCUGAAGAGGCCGCAUGUGGACGAGUUCCUGCAGAAGAUGGGCGAGCUGUUCGAGUGCGUCCUCUUCACUGCCAGCCUAGCCAAGUAUGCGGACCCCGUGGCCGACCUGCUGGACCAGUGGGGCGUGUUCCGCGCGCGGCUCUUCCGAGAAUCCUGUGUGUUCCACAGAGGGAACUACGUCAAAGACCUCAGCCGGCUAGGGAGGGAGCUCAGUAACGUCAUCAUCGUGGACAAUUCGCCCGCGUCCUACAUCUUUCACCCUGAGAACGCAGUCCCUGUGCAGUCGUGGUUUGAUGACAUGACGGACACGGAGCUGCUGGAUCUCCUCCCGUUCUUCGAGGGCCUGAGCAGGGAAGAGGACGUUUACAGCGUGCUACAGAAUCUGAGGGGCAGGUAGCGGAGCCCCAAAAUCCCUCCCUCGCCCCGCCUCCGGCUGGUUUUUACCGCACCUCCUUCGGCCUGACCCCGCCCCCUCAGCCCUGCCCCCUCUCCAGCACGGCUCAGGUCCUCUCCUGCCUCGGCCUGUAGAGGGCGCUGCGGAGCGGCGCUCUGGAGAACGGCAGCGCCCUCCCUGCCCUUCUCGCCGCCUCUUCUGACUGCACCGUGAUUGGACAGAAUGAUUGCAGUGCGCUUAACAUUUUAUGGAUCCUGACCUGGGUGCGUCCUAUUGGCCAGAAAAAGAAAAGAAAAAAUGCAUAUAUAUUUGUAAUUUGGAGAGAAAGAAGUUGAAAGAAAAGGAACUUUAAUUUUUUAUCCAAGAGACACAAUCCUGUUAAGCUCUUUAUAUUUACCAAAAACAACCUUUUUUCUGUUCAUUUUUUUUUUUUUUUGAAAAGGAGGAAAAUGUUGAAUCUUUUUUUUUUGUUGUUUCGAUCCUUACAUUGUUGCUAUGCAGGCAGUCUGUUCUUGAUCUUCAGUAGUUUAAAGUACUGUUUUUUUCUUUCUUUACUGAAUUGAAGUGCCUUUUCGAAUGUUGUUUUUACAAGAAAAACAAACUUCCAUUUUGUACGCAGCAUAUUUCCAGAGAACUGCAGUCUUUUAAUGAGUAUAUAUGCUUUAAAACAAGCAAAUAUGAAACUUUAUAAGAAAGCACUGUUAUUUAUGCUGGUGAUUUUUUUAAAUAUCAUUGGACGCUGGGUACAUGUCUCCUUAAUAUUUUAAAUGGUCUUUCUUUCAGUUGGCUAUAGCUCAUGCCAUUAUAUAGAAGUGAUUUUUCUUUAUUUAGUUCAUUAUACAUAGCAUUGUGUUUAGCGUCCUUGUAGGCUUUGAUGAAGGGGAAGAAUGCAUUUGCAAUUGUGAAAUUAUAUUGCUGGUUAUCUUAACUGCAGGCUCCCAAUGAAAAUCUCUUGUAUUUAGCCUGGGUGAAAUAUCUUUAACCCUUCAGUGACCGAGUGCCAAUUUUAAUUUGAAAAGAUGCCAUACACUGGAUUUUCCGUGCCAGGUGCUGAGUGCUUCUCAUUGAAUUGAAUGUGUGUUUAGUUUAUUUCGCUAUUUAAAUUGGGAAUGCAAGCAUGUGCAUUACGCUCUUUCUCCGUGGACACCUUAAAAUUAAAUUUAAAUGCCCA